AUGGAAGAUCACGCUGAAGCAAUCCCCACUUUGCCUGAGGGUGUUCUACCAACUGCAGUAUCUACCGCUGCUGGUGGGAACAUGUUCACGCUUGUUGUCUAUGUGAUAGUGUUUCUCAUCGGCGUACCAGGUAACUGCUUGAUUCUCCGCGUCUACUGGACUAAGACUCAUAAGACCAGCACCCAUGUCUUCAUCAUGGCCUUAGCCUGGGCUGAUCUGGCCGUUUGCAUUCAAAGAUGGCCACGCGUUGUAGAAGACGCUUUUCUUUUGGCAAGGGGACAUGAGACACCACGCGUCAUAUUAAUCGCCUGGGCAUUUACGGCGUGGUUUAUGGGAGCAUCCAUUCUGAUGACCGCGGUCAUUGCAGCCGACCGCUACGACUGCGUGUGCCGAGCACACAACCGAUUUUUCACCAAGAAACGAGCAUAUGUAGCAGUCACAAUAACAUUUGUGUUUUCGUUUGUCAUCCACAUACCAGUCUUUUAUUUAACAAUGUCCACCGACCCUUCGAAUGUAUCCAUGAGAGUGGUUGUACUCGUGCUCCAAUUGGUGCUUUUUGUGACCGCGCUUGUGAUGAUCGCCGUAUGCUAUCAACUAGUUUACAUGGCCAUCCGGAAGCACGUCAAAGUAGGUGUUCACUCUCAAGCUGGUCAGGGUGGUGAGAGGCUUGGCAGUGACGUUUCAGGCAUGGCUCGUCCCGGCGUGUCCACUUUCGUUGAAAUGGACUUCAAAACUUCACCACUGAAAAUGAAGGGAAUGUCUACCAUAAAAACAACGGAUGCUUGCUCGUCAUCUCGGGCAAUUCCAGGUUCAUCAUCAGAUAAAAAGGGGGAGGAGAACAAUCUCGAAAGGUCCAAGCGGUUAACCUUCAGCGUAAGACAACGAGGAUGCUCCUCAUUACCAGCCAUCUCGGCCUUUAUAGCGAUGUCCAACGACCCUUCCAAUGCAUUCUUGAGAAUGCUUGUGUUGGCGUUCCAAAUUCUGCUUUUCGUGACCGCACUGGUGAUGAUCGCCGUAUGCUAUCAACUAGUUUACAUGGCCAUCCGGAAGCACGUCAAAGUUGGUGUUAACUCUCAAGCUGGUCUGAAUGUCGGGGAUCAGGGCGUUGCUUCGAGUGACGAUUGUGAGAUCACCAUGGAGGAUCAUUCCGUAGCAAGCUCCACAUUGCCUGAUAAGGCUGCACUCCCCACUGCAAUAGCUAUAACUGUCGGUGGGGACAUAUUCACGCUUGUUGUCCACAUGAUUACGUUUGUAGUCGGUGUACCUGGUAACUGCCUCAUUCUCCGAGUCUACUGGACGAAGCCUCGUAAGACCAGCACCCAUGUCUUCAUCAUGGCCUUAGCCUUGGCUGAUCUAGCCGUUUGCUUGCUGCGUUUGCGCCGCAUUUCAGAAGAAGCCAUUCUCCUUGCAGGGUGUCAGGUACCACGAGCUUUAUUGUUCCCCUGGGCAUUUAUGACGGCGUUUUUUACUGCAUCCGUGCUGACUACUGCACUCAUUGCAGCGGAUCGCUAUGACUGCGUGUGCCGAGCACAGAACCGAUAUUUCACCAAGAAACGGGCACAGGCAGCAGCCAUAAUAGUAUUUGUGUUUUCGUUUUUGAUGAGCACCCCAGCUUUUGUAGCGAUGUCCACCGACCCUUCUAAUGUACUUUUAAGAAUGCUGGUGUUGACAAUCCAAAUUGUGCUUUUCGUAACCGCACUGGUGAUGAUCGCCGUAUGCUAUCAACUAGUUUACAUGGCCAUCCGGAAGCACGUCAAAGUUGGUGUUCACUCUAAAGCUGGGCUGAGCGUUGGGGGUCAUGAUGGUGUGAGGCUUUGCAAUGAGGAUUCAAGCAUGGCUCGUCCCAGCGUGUCGAAAACUGGCGAGACUGAAAUGUCAGUAAUUCCUAUGACGUCAGACAUCAAAAACUCACCACUGAAGGGAAUGUCUACCACCAAGGCAACGGAUGCAUUCUCGUCAUCCCAGGGUAUCCCAGGUUCAUCCUCAGAUACGCGGGGAAAAGGGCAACAGUCUCAAAAGGUCAAAACGGUAAACCUUCAGCGUAAAACAACGAGGAUGCUCUUCAUAACCAGCGUAGUGUUCCUACUUACCUGGCUGCCGUAUUGGAUAUCGGUCGCGGCAGAGUAUGCCUUCUAUAACGGAGCACCAAUCAACCCGACAGUUAUACGUAUACUGAAGUCUUCACAUGCCGUUUGUUUCACCAACAACGCUGCGAACCCCUUGAUCUACGGGAUAGCAAACAGACGUUUUAGACAAGACUGCAAGGAGGUCCUGAAAAAAAUCAGGUUGUGUUAAUUAAUC